AUGACAGGUGGCCGCGCAGUGCGCGCUCCCGGACGUCUGAGGGGACCGCCGGGAGGGACAGACAGACAGACAGGGUGGGAGGGGGUACACACGAGGAAGGGACCGCAGAGAGGCGCGGCGGCUGCGGCGGCGGAGCCGGAGUGAGCGAGCUGAGCGAGGCGCGUCCACCUGGCGGGCCCCGCGCACGGAGCAGAGGCAGAGGCGGCGGCGGCAGCAGCAGUGAGCGGCAGCUCGAGCAGCUCCGGCGACGGCGGCAGCGGCGGCGGCAAGCCCAGCCUUGACUGCGUCCGUCCCAGCUCGGGACACCGGCAGCGGGGAUCCACCAGCGACGUGCGCCUCGGGAGGCGGCCUGCGAGGUGUUCUGCAAGCUGAGAACUGACUUCAGUCUCCUCUACUUUUUUAUUUGUUUCCUGUUGAACAACAUUUGAAAUUGGAAUGAAACAGUAAGAGGCUACAUUCAUGGAUAACCAACAAGAUAAAGUUAUUGCUGCCUCAGCCAAUGGAGAAAACAACAUGAUUAAUGGAGUCAAAGAAAAUGACUCAGAGGACCAGGAUGUGGCAAUGAAGUCAUUCGUAGCUCUAGAAGCUACUACUCCAAUUCAGCCUAUACCAGUGGUACAAAAAGAGCCCCCAAUGUUUCCCAGGGCUCUUCUUCCUCUGCCAUCUAAGAAGCCGUGCAUGCAGAGCCCUCCAUCUCCUUUGGCCCUGAUUGAAGCACCUGAUCAUUCUGCUAAUAGUGCUUCUGUGAAUGCCAUUUCCCUCACAUCUGGAGUUGCAAAGGGCCUGAACACGUGGUCACUGCCCAAUGAGUGUGAGAAAGCUCCAUUUGCCAUAAUGGAACCUGCAGGCAUGUCAGCUCUGAACGGAGACUGCCUCAUGCAGCCAAGCCGGACUUGCUUAGGUUGCUUCAUGGAAUCAAAAGAAGCAGUAGAUCCUGAACCAGGGAUCAGUCUGAAAGUCAGUGAUCUAAAUCGAGAUUAUGAAACAUGUGCAGUCUCUGACAUAGGGAUUCAAUGCAUUAAUGCUGGGGAAAACAUCAAGUAUGGAGAGCAGCUGCUUUCAGACCAGCUGUUAGGCUUCCCCCUGCAUAAAUCAAGGGCAGGAGAUAGACGAGAAACUGAGAAACCUGACAUCGACUUGGAAGAUCCAACUCAGAAAAGUUAUUAUGAGGCAUUACUAUUAGAUAAGUGUAACACGGAAGAAGCUUUGCUGGCAAAUUCCAAUCAGGAUUGGGGUUACUUUGAGACUUUUAUUAGUGAGAGUAAGAUUGAGCUACUUGACCUCUGUUCCAAGAAUGAACUCUCUGUUAACCUUUUCUCUGAAGAAGAUGUGGAGAACUAUAUGUUCGAUGAUGAUGAGUCAACCCUGGGCAGUGAUGUCUGCUCCCUCAAAAUUCGAUAUGAGUCCUUUCAGGACAAUGUUCGAGACAAGACCACUCUUCUGAUGCAGGAAGAUGCCCAAUUCAAUUUUUUCCCCAGUGUCUUUACUACGUGUCCGAAGCGGGAAUCUAAGAGUGGAGUCCUCAAGCAGAGCAGUGAUCUUUCUCAAUUCAAGGUCCCUGAUGUGAGCAUCAUCUGGGGAGAAGAAGAUAAAAACUUGGACAAGAAGAAAGGCAAAGAGGAAGUACCUGAAGACAAAAGUAUAGAGAAAAAAGAUGAAAAAGAUAAUGGAGAAAAGCCUGCAUUAAACAAUAAACCAUGUAGUGGUCUUGAGGUAGAGCCAUUUAAGAACCUAAAGCCCGACCAUCUUCCUAAUUCCCUGGAGACAUCAUCAGGGAAUUUCAAUGAUGACAGUUCCUUCAUUGAGGUCUCAUAUGAUGCCAUGGGGGAGAUCAAGGACUGUAGCCGCUAUAUGGCUCGGGACACUAAUUCUGGAAGCUCAUCCUCCCAGCAGAACUAUGGGCUGCGAGCCAAGAGAAAAGUCAGAUACAGUGAAGAUUAUCUAUAUGAUGUUGACUCACUAGAGGGGGAAAAAGUAAAUGAGAGAAAGGAAUGGUCUCCAGGUGGUUCCAAAGAAGAAGAUGAUGAUGAAUGGUGUCCCAAAAAGAGAAGAAAAGUAACGCGUAAGGAGCCCCCUGUUAUUAUUAAAUAUAUCAUUAUCAAUCGCUUUAAAGGUGAGAAGAACAUGUUGGUGAAGCUAAGUAAGGUAGAUGCCAGUGAGACAACAGUAAAUCUGAGUGAGAAUCAGCUCAGUAAGUAUGCCAAGUUAUCACCUUUGAAAGGAUUCUGGCAAAAGAAGAAAAAGCAGAAAAACAGCAACACAGACUCUGUCAAAACACCCUUAUGCCAAAAGCAAAGCUUUGAACCAGGCAGCUUUGACGUGUCAUUCCUGCCUCCUGCUCGUAAACGAAAAUCUAAGCUUGGCAAUAGACACAGGAUUCAAAGGAUCCAAUCCACGGAAACUUCAGCAAGUAGUAAACAGGUUUCAUUCUGCAGUGAUCAGAAACAAGCUAGUAAUCGCAAAGAAGAAGGAGGUUUAAAAGGUACACCAAAAUCAGCACUUCUUGCUGCCCCAAGCUGUGCCAAUGGAUCACAUUUACGUGGCCUCAUAGUCCCUGACUCAGUGAAAGUCAAGGCUCAAGAUACAGAGUUCAAGGGGCCAGAGAGGAAAGUGCUUAACAAAAUUAAAUUUAAAAGUGAAGCUAGGUUAAAAUCCAAAAAAAUCAAAACUGGACAAGAAAACAAACCAGUUGUUCAAUUGAACCCUGUCUCAGAAGAUCCAUCCUCCAAGGCUAAUUUAAAAAAUGAAGUCACUCUUGGAACCUCAAACAGUUCCCACAUGUCUGAAUUUCACGAGACAAAAGUUGUUAAGAAUUCCACUUUCUUACCAACCACCUGCUCUUCUGAAAUGCCUCUAUCAUCUGCUAAUGUUGCCACUAAUAUACCUGUUAUUCCUGGAGGGUAUCUGCAAACACUGUUAGAUGCUUCUGACUUGUCAAAUAAUACUAGUAUCUCAUACUUCACCCACCAUUCUGCAGAGCAAAAUGAAGGCAGCCUCAUUCAAACGGAAAAGGCAUUUGUACCUCUCCAGUCUGCUCAGGACUGUGUGGUGUCCUCAUCUUCUGAUUCUCAGCUGCAACAAUCAUCUCAGAACUUCAAAAUGGAAGCAAGCAACUAUGGAAGUUUGUGGCCUGAUAAGGAUACAUCAGGCUCCCAGGAGUUCAUGACUGAAGUCUCAAGGGAGAUAGCCACAAACCAAUCUAGUGAAUUUGAAGCUUCCCAAGUUGUCUCCAUGGAGAAUAACCUCACAGCUAUAACAUAUAGUCCUGUCUGCCUCAAUAGUGGUGGCAGUGGUUGCAACAAGGUUCUGUAUGCCUCUGUGCAGGACUCACAUCUCCCACCUGAUGACUUGUAUCAAUUGUGUCACUUUAAUAAUGGAGAGAUCUGCUUUCCUUUCCAGCAGGGCCCACUCGGUACAGAUGAUGAUGGCCGGCUCUUUAGCUUUGACUCGAUGACUCCCCUUUCCGUUGGUUCAAGCAAUUAUUGUUCCUUAAGCUUGAAAUCCUGUGAAAGGGAUGGUGAUGAUGAUAUCAAUGAUGACUUCCUGGCCCACUGCAGCCCCAAACUGGUGAUCCAGCAGAGCAUUGAUGAGAUAGCACCACUAAAGGAGUCCACUGACCUCCUCGACAUCUCCAACUUCACUCCUGACAAGUUCCGACACUCUUCUCUCUCAGAAAUGUCUCCACCGGACACCCCCAGUCUUUCUCCUCAGAGUACCAGAUGUGAGAGUAUCAAAACACUAGGAACAAUGAAAGGAUUCCAAGAAGGUGUCCCGGGAUCGUUGAGCACCAUGGAAAAAAUCAAGUGGGACUGUAGUAUCCUUUCACAACAGGUCCAAGCAGAUGAUGGCUUUACAUUAAAUAACCAUCAGUUUCAGUUCCAUAUGUUCAAUGAUGAGGACUCUGUUGGCCUGCUCCCAAAAACCCCUUGCCUGUCAACAUUUGAUGAGUCAGCUGGGCAAAUUAGUACCAACAACAAAGUAUCAAAAUCAAGAAAGAAAACUUCACCUGGCAAGAGUGGGGCUGUAAGCCAAAGUUCUUCUCAGAAAAAUACCAGGAAAAAAUCACCAAAAGCCAGCAACAAAGGAGUUGAAAAGCCACCUAGCAAAAGUUCCCGCCAGGUUCCUAAAUCAACAAAGAAAGGGAAAUAUGUGGCUGCUAUCAAUGGAGAGAAAAUGCAAAUUGGGGUUGGCCAUAGUGGGGGCCAACCGAAUAGUACAUCCUCCAAUGCAAAGACACUGACUGAAUGUAUUCAACAUGGUGGUCCUGUUGCCCCUAUGAAGAUACCAAGUCAGAAGGGACUUUCUGGAGAUUGGGUUUUGGGAAAGGAAAGCAGGCCAGGCUGGAAUGACAUGAGUGUAGUCACUAAUGCCAACAACCUUCUGGAUGAUGACCAACGAGAAUUUCAAGAACCUUCCUAUAUCUUAUCCAAUAUUGCCUCUGGUAUGGCAGAUGUGCAAAGAUUCAUGAUGGCCUCCAUGGAGCCCCUUUGGGAACCCAUGGAGCACCAAGGGGAGUCCAGCACAUUCUACUCCCCUGAUUCCAAUAGCCUAAAAUUAAAAACCCUCAAAAUACUGGCUGGAACACCACAAGAAUCUAAGAAAAAGAUUAAUAAUGGGUCUUCAGGAGCUACUAAGAAUCACAGGUCAGUCAAAGCUGUGAGCAAAAGCAGUGGGAAAGCAGCAGUUGGUGACCCUGGUCAUGCAGAUAUGCCUGGUUCCAGUGAGGACUCUCGAUCUGCCUUCCUUGAUAAAAAGUACAGUAACAUGAACACUUUAGGCAAUAAUGGACCAACACACAAAAAAUUAUAUCGUCAUAAAUCCAGCUCCAAGGGCCUGCGAGAUGAGAAAUAUAAGGGAAAGCGUGUGGAAAGAGAACCGGUCCACAAGGAUGAGGCUGGGACAACCUCUUUUGAAAAACUGAGGGAUUCCAACUACAAUCUCCUAAAAGCAGAAACAGCAUUUGGGGUUUUACCUGUGUUUGAAGAAGAGACUCGCAUUUUCCAGAAAGACAUUUGAUGUUUGUGUUUUCUUUCUUUCAAAAUAAGCUUUGUGGUAUGUAUGUUGACCUGUAAGUGCUUAAAGAAACGAAUUUUAAAUCGUGGGAAUAAGUCUUUGAAAUCAAACUUUAAUCUGAUGUUCUGUGUAAAAGACUUUAAAAGUCAUACAGUUGCACGAGUAGUUUAUGCACUGUUUGCCCACAAGGAAAAAAAACGGAAAACAUUGUGCCAAACUACAAAUAAGUAACUGUACUGUAUAUAGUUUUACUUCUAUAUCAACAUUUGGUUGUGAGUAUUUGGGGGACUUGUCCCUGUUAAUUUACUAGAAACAUUCCAGUGAUUCUUGCUAUUAACCACCCCCACUUUUGUGGAUAGCACCUAUAGAUCACAGUGGAAAAAUACGUUGUGUUAUACAGUUUACCAAAAGGAUAAUGUUUGAAUUGUGCCAAAUUUUCUUACUUCAUCUCACAGAUUCACCCCACAGUUUAAAGCUCAUUCAUGAUUAUUAAAUAUAUAUAUAUAUACACACAUACACACAUCCAUCCAUAUAUUCUUUUAAUGUUUUAAACUCUACUAUCCUGUAUGGAAAUAUGAACAGUUAAACAAGGCACAGUAAGAUGUGUUUGUUUCAUCAUCUAAGGAUUAAAAUGUUGGAAAGCUUAGGUCACAACAUCUAAGUCCAUCAGGGACAGAGUAUACACAUUUACAGAACCUUGCACAAGGAAAUAAAACAGCUGCUUUGAAAGUUUGUUUUCCAAAGCAAAAUCUGUAAUGGGAAAAGAAUUUAAAGUGCAAAGUUAUAUUGCUGAUACUUUAUAUCUCAGUUUUAUAUAUUUUAUAAUAGCCUGGAAUAAAUUAUAAAAUAGCUAUAAAAUUGACACAUAAAUGAAAUACAUAGAUUGCUUUUAUUUAAAUAGUUUCCUAAUAGUUUUAUUCCAGUUUUGUCAAAAGUGCACUCACAACAUGGCUUUAGUGUUCUUUAAAUGUUGAUCUUGCAAUGCCAGUGUCAUUUUUAAAAAUGGCAUCUCAGAUUGACAAAAUUUUUCUUCCUAUGAUUAAAUACAUAUAUUACCAGGUAAAGCUGAACAAUGUGUGGAAACAACUAAUUUAGGCCAUCUACAUAUAGUCUAAGGAUGACUAACUACUCUUUUCAUAUCACACACUAAACAUAAAUCUCAAUUUUUAAUUACUUUUUAAAUUCAUAUUUUUGGUUCAACCCUCCCUUCCACUACUUAAAAAAACUUCACAGUUUCAACAUUCCUCACUACUAGCCUUUUCUUCCCCUUUCUUCACCACUUGACUUAUACCAUUUGAUCUCUUUUCCUUGCACAGUUAAGGCCUAUGUGCCUGAUGACUGAUGCAUUGUGGCACAGAUGAGAUAAUGGAUGUGAAAGCGCUUUGUAGAUCAUAAAGUGCUAUACCAAUAUAGGGGACUAAUAUUAUUAAUGUUGUUGGUUGUUGUUGUUGUUACUAUUCUUACUAAUAUUGUUACUAACCUAUUAACUUGUGAAUAUAGAGGCUGGGGUGGGAGGGAGGAGGAUAAGGGGGUGGGAGAAAGGGGGACUUAACAAAACAGGGAAGAUGUUUCAAAAGACAUUUUUCAAUACAAUAUGAGCAACCUGCCUAGUCAUUGACACCUAAAUAUAUUCACAGACAGAGAAGCAAUGUUUUCAAGUAGUCAGAGAGAAAUGAAAGGGAGUGAUCAUGUAUAUAAACAUACACAUUGCCCAGUCCAUGAUUCCUUUCACCAGCUUACUCUACUACUUACAGCUAGGUAGGAAAAUGAACAAGCCCAUGAUCUAGAUUGUGUGUGUUCUCAGCAUCAAUCUCUUUUGUCUGUGGGGAUGAGUAGGUGAGGAGAAGUGUGUGAGGAGAGUUCAGGCACCUUCCUAGGCUUUGACACUGUGUUCGGUGAGCCCUGGAAAAUGAUUUAGUGGAAAGACACCAUCUGAAACAAGUCUCUUGCCCUACAGUGGCCAUCCAAAGGAGAAAAUAAUCGAAGUGGAACACUUUCUUUUGUUUCUUGAUACUCUGGUAGCUAGCUGUUUGUAUUAAAUGUGAUGGCUACUUCCUAGGAACUGGUCUUGUUCAGUUUUGGUUUUUUGUCUUGUUUUGCAGCUGAAUUUUUGCUUAGAAUCACCAACUCAGCCUGUAUUGUGAUCCCCAAGACUCCAGACCUCAAAGUCAUCUUGCUUGGUUUUAGGAAUGGAGUGCUUUCUAUGUAACCAAAAAGUGGAAAUUAAAGAAGAAAUAAAGAAAAUGUUCUAUGAGUAUAAUGUGUUUUUAUAAAAGUAAAUAUGGGAGCAGUUGUCCCAGAUCUUUUUUAAAGCAUCAUGAUGUUCAGCUUUGGAGAAUGGGGUAAGAAUGGGGUAGGAUAGCUUGAAACUGUUUCGAACAGUUUCAUUGUCAGAACUUUAUCAUCAGUCCUUUGGAGUGGAUGCUCUUUCAGUUGCUCCUAUGGAGCCCACUAGGGGCCAAUUUUAGGGCAUGGUUCAUAUCUUUCUCCAAAGAGAACUGCCAUUUUAAAGCACCUUUUUAUCAGCCUGCCAUGCAUUGUAUGUUUUUAAAAUAUAAACAAGUGACUUGUAACCAGUCAUUUUGUAUUGAAACAUAACAAGAAAGUGAAUGUGAGGAGUGAGCAAUAGACCAAGGCAGAGAUGCUUAUUGUACACUAUGCUCUGCAUUGUUGAGCACUUUGCAUUCUGUUGGUCCUGCCUCUGCUCUCAGAAUUAUUUUCCUUUCUGUCACAACAUAGUAGGCCAAACUUACUGGAGAUCUCUUAUUCAACCAGCUGCCUUAGUGGAGUGAGGACCAAUGUGUGAAAAUAGUGUUUUGCCCUAUCACUGAUUUCUUCAACUCAAAAACCCUGGGUUUUCCUUGGUCUGCAAUUUCUGACUACUCCCUUCUAACCUCUCCUUUCUGAGAAGCUGCAUCCUAUUAAUGUCUCCUCAUUGGAGUCUCAUUUAAUCUUUACUUUCCUGGAAAUUAUAGCCUCCCUUGUUCUUCUUUCUUGACUAUAUCAGUCCUAGAAUUUUUCUUCUUGUAUAGUAUUCUAUUCACAAACUGUCAAAGUCUAAGAACUUCAGCUAGAGGCUUUCCUUUGGAAGUUUAGAGGACUACCUUCCCAGUCUUAUUCACUCAAAAUACAAACGCACGAGCACAAACACACAUACCAUUGAGAAAAGAUGGAAACUGCUUUCUCUUGAAGAUGUGUGAUCUUCAAUAAGGUCCAGUAAGGUCCAAUCUCUUCUUGUGGUCAGGUGCUGUACUACAUGGAGCAGGGUGCAGAUAUAAUGGCCCCAGCCAAGGAUCUUCAGUACUUUGAGGGUUGUGUUGGGACUAGAGUAACUAGCUUGAACCUGUGGCCAUCCUCUAUGCCUCUCCAGUGUCUUGGAUAUCAGCUGCUUCACAUAUGCUGCUCCCUCACAGCUUUCCCUACUGACUUCUUGCUGCUCUGUGCAAUUAUGUGUUAAGGCCUUAUCUUUUCCUAAAUCUUUUCAAACUUUCUGCACUACUUCAUUCAUCACUUCUUUAGCCAUCUCUCUGAAGUCCUUGGUGCUAGGUGGGCUUUUGUGACAAAAAAAUUUCACCUUCUCUGACUCUUUUCUUUGCUGGGAAGAAUCGUUGGGGGGUGGGGAACACAAAGGAGGGUAUGUGUGUGUGUGUAAGAGAGAAGCAUAAAGGAUGCUUCAAAUGCUGUAAUCAACUCUCAUCCUGUGUUAUUUCAUGUGAGGUCUUGCAGUUCUAGUGAAUUUCCAUUUUAGUGGGUUUGAAAUAGUGUUUACUGCAUAAAGGAGAAAAGCAUAUCCAAGGACCUCUUUGCCUUGCUCUUACCAAACUGAACUAGUGUUUUGGAGAUCUACAAUUUAUAGAUGCACUUAGAAAAGUUCUGAGAAAUGAGGAGAGUUAGCGUUGGAUUUCUAUGCUGAAGAGGUAGAUGGAACACUAGCUAGUCCUAGCUGUUGCUAGAACUAGAAAUGUUUGUUUUCUCCUGCUUGACUGAAAGGUUGUCAAAUUUAAAGAGUUUUCAUUUUCAUUUAGGGUGUUUUAAUGUUGCCAAUCAUAACAGAAAUAUCUCCUUUUGUAAAAUAAAACUAAUGCAAGUUUUGUUUUCUAAUCAUAAAAUUCUCUAAGCCAAUAUUAUGCUUAGAAGGAUUAGUACCAAAUUAAAACAUUUUCAUGACAAAUAGAGAUCUUGUCAACAUAAUGUAGGCCAGGGAUUUUAUAGAGAUUUCUCAAAGACCCAAGUAAAGGAUAGAAAUUAGUUGGGAUAUUUAGUUUGGGAAACACUGCCAUCAGCUUGAGCGUCCUCAGCCAGCAUGGAGUUCUUUUGGUAACUAUGCAGGCUACCCUUUAAGGCACAGUUUUCACUCAAUAUUAAACAGUAGCUACAGUCAUGAUGCAGAGAUCCCAUUGCAGCUAUAUGAUACUUGAGGUGUACUCUUGGUUUGAGAAUCAUAGCUAAAUGAUAAAACACUGGGGAAGGACACUAUAAGAGAGUGGCUUAGUACAAAGUUUUAAAGAAUGAA